CGUCAAUAAUUUUCUAAGUGCGCGUGACUCUAUACUUCCCCAAACGGCAAGCGUACUCCGCAAAAUCUGCUGUGUAAAAAAUUCACUCUUUCGGUGCUAUUCUUUCUUCUUCCUGUCUAGCGCGUUUAUGUAUGAAUGCUGACCAGAAGCUUUUGACUUCAGUGAUCAGUCACCCAUGGCUGAAAGCGGAUCGAGCAGUCCAGGGUUCCGACUGGAUAUAAAGCAGAUCUUGUUCGAAGCCCAGCAUCGCUGGCUAAGACCUGCUGAAAUAGCAGAAAUUCUAAGAAACUAUCAAAAGUUUCAUAUUUCUCCUGAGGCUCCAAAUAAGCCAGUCAGUACGUCCUAUCAUUAGUGGUUCUGUUUUUCUUUUUGAUCGGAAGGUACUAAGAUACUUCCGGAAGGAUGGACAUAGUUGGAGAAAGAAAAAGGAUGGGAAAACUGUCAAAGAAGCUCAUGAGAAACUGAAGGUCGGAAGUGUUGAUAUGUUGCACUGUUACUAUGCUCAUGGCGAAGAUAAUGAAAACUUUCAAAGGCGCAGCUACUGGUUGCUUGAAGAGGAUCUCAUGCACAUAGUGUUUGUACAUUAUCUGGAAGUCAAGGGUAAUAAGAUGAACGCCAGCUCUCUUAGAAACAAUGAUAUAGUUGCAUCCAACUCCGAAAAUAACAGCUUACCGUUUUCCAGUUUCUGUGGAACUAGCCCCAGCAGUACAUUGUCAUCUGCAUAUGAAGAUGCUGAAUCAGAAUGCCCUGUAGAGGAUAAUCACCAGGCAAGUUCUAGAUUUCAUUCAUAUGCAGAGUCACCAUUGACAGACGAAAGUACUUAUGUUCAAUCGAGCUUGUAUAACCAACUCCCCAGUCCAGGGGAACAGAGUGCUUCUUCCUUGAGUUAUGCAUUACUUCCCCAGUCUCACACGGAUCGAGAAUUAAGCAGAAGCACUUUUGUAUCUGGAGGCAAAGCAGCAGCUGACUUGGCAUCUUGGCAAGAAGUUAUUGGAAACUCCACUUCUGGUGACAUUGCUUACAAACCGGAAUCUGGCUCCUCCCUGCUUGUCCACAUCAACUUGCAGCAUUCUUUUGGAGACUGUUCGUUGCACAAUCCACCCGCGAACCAAAAUUCAAUACUGAGUUUGCCUCUUGACCAUGGAUGUGACUUGUUUGAGGAGAAAUCUCUUCCUCUGAAUCAACAGAAUUUCGUGGAGCCAUUUUACACCCUUACCCAUGAGCUGUCUCUGCAAAAGAAUCUUCAAAUAUCUCCUUUAGAUUCAGGGACUGAAAGCACUAUGAAUCCAAAUAUGGAGAGUGUUGUGACCACGAUAGGAAAUGAAAACUACUCAUUUUUAAUGAAAAAGUCAUUAAUAAGUGGCUUGCAGAAAGAUGAAAGCCUGAAGAAAGUUGACAGCUUCUCCCGUUGGAUGGCUAAUGAACUUGGAGGAUCUGGUGAGCUGAACUUGCUGUCAGACAAUGGAAUUUCGUGGAGUAUCAUGGGGAGUGAGUAUGAUUCUAGCAUGCCUAGUACAUUGCAAGCCGAUACAGACACACUGAACCCGUCAAUUUCUCAGGACCAACUAUUUAGCAUUGUUGAAUUUUUGCCAAACUAUGCUUAUGCAGAUUUGGAAACCAAGGUACUUAUCAUCGGAACCUUUCUCAAGAGUAAACAAGAGUUGUCAAAAUGCAGAUGGUCAAUUAUGUUUGGUCAAGUGGAGGUUGCAGCUGAAGUUUUAGCAGACAGAGUUAUUAGUUGCUCGGCGCCACCUCACAAACCUGGACUUGUCCCUUUCUAUGUAACUUGUUCGAACAGGUUGGCUUGUAGUGAAAUACGGGAAUUUGAAUAUAGGUCUGUAACAAACCAUAUGGGUUCUGCUUAUGGCCAUGCGGAUACUGCAACUGUCAUGCAUCUUUAUCAACGAUUUGAGACGAUGUUGUCCCUUGGACCUCCCGUUAGUUGUGUAACUUUAGUUGAAAAUGACAAUGAGAGACAGAAUAUAGUCAAUAAAAUUGUUUCCUUGAUGGAGGAUGAGAGCAACCAGGAGGAAAAGCUGAUUUUAGAUAAAGACACGUCAGAGCUGAAGGGGAUAGCGCAAGUGCUCCUAGAAAAGCAGCUAAAGGAGAAGUUUUACUUUUGGCUUGUGCACAGAGUAACUGAAAAUGGCAAGGGUCUAGCCAUUCUUGAUGAAUGGGGUCAAGGUGUUUUGCACUUGGCUGCUGCUCUUGGCUUCAGUUGGGCCCUUCAGCCAAUUAUUGUUUCAGGUAUCAGUAUAGAUUUCCGUGAUGUGAAUGGAUGGACAGCACUUCAUUGGGCUGCUUUCUAUGGCAGAGAGGAGACAGUCGCCGCCCUUGUUUCUCUGGGCGCAUCUCCCGGGGCCCUCACUGACCCAUCUGCCGAAUGCCCUCUGGCCAAAACCCCUGCUGACUUGGCAUCUUUCAGUGGGCACAAAGGGAUUUCCGGAUUUCUCGCGGAGUCUUUCCUGACCACUCAACUCUCAAACCUCGGAGUCGAGGAUCAGCACCCGUCAGAGAUUUCAAGUGCCAAAGCCAUACAGACAGUCUCUGAACGUUUAGCAUAUCCGACAAACGAGGGUGAUGUGCCGGACACACUCUCCCUCAAGGAUUCGCUUGCUGCUGUCUGUAACGCUACUCAGGCGGCAGCACGUAUUCAUCAGAUCUUCCGGAUUCAGUCGUUUCAGAGGAAGCAGUUUGAUGAGCUGCGUGGUGCAGAUGAGCGUGCUAUUUCUCUUGCUGCCGCCAGGGCCUCUGGCUUGGGCCAGCCCAGUGGUGGUAGGGCCAAUGCUGCUGCAUUGCGUAUCCAGAAAAAGUUCCGUGGUUGGAAGAAGCGGAAGGAGUUUCUGUUAAUUCGGCAGAAAGUUGUUAAGAUCCAGGCUCACUUCAGGGGGCAUCAGGUCAGGAAGAAAUAUAAAACUAUUAUCUGGUCAGUGGGGAUACUGGAGAAGGUGAUUCUGCGGUGGAGGCGUAAAGGGAGUGGCUUACGUGGAUUCCGGUCUGAUGCUGUCCCAAAAUUGCCGAACACUCAGGACACUUAUUCACAGGAAGAUGAUUAUGACUUUCUUAAAGAAGGGAGAAAGCAAACUGAAGAGAGGAUGCAAAAUGCACUUGCUAGGGUGAAGUCCAUGACUCAAUACCCUGAAGCUCGAGCUCAGUACCGUAGGCUGUUGACUGCUGCUAAAGACUUCAGAGAAACUAAGGAGACUUCAGAUACGAUUCCAGAAAGCAUCGAAAAUAUAAUUUACCCCGAGGAGGAUUUAUUUGAUAUUGAAAGUCUCUUGGAUGACGAUACUUUCAUGUCUUUGGCUUUUGAAUGAUGAUGCUGUGUUACAUUCUUCCUACUAGUUUGCCUAACCUUAUGUGGUUGCUUAUAUUUGCAAUAUAAAUUUGGAGUAUAUCUCAUUUCUUUUGUAAGUAUAUGGUGGUAUAAGUUUGGCAAAUCGUUUGGGAAUGUGGAUGAUGAUAUUUUGUACUGUAUUCUUUGAAGAGGAUAUCAAGGAUGAAAGGAUAGGAUAGUAAACCUAUCUGACCAUAUAUACUCUUAAUUUUCUCUUUAGGCUAAUUGAGUCAACAAUUUAUAAUACAGUUUGUAUGAUGUCCUUUCAUCUGGUGAUAAUAUGUAAUAGUUGAUGUAUUAUUAUUAUUAUUAUUAUUGGAAAAGGC